AGCGCAAACAGGUCCGGGCUUUAACCUAACAAAAUAGAAUGACUUCAUAAAUAAUAAAGAUCCUGGUAAUUGGUAAACAACAGGACUAAACCUACCUAGAAUCAUAGAUCAAGGCAGCAACUUGUUGGCUUUACCUUAUAGUGAUAAUGGAUCGCUGGGCCUGUCUUUUGGUUUUGCAUCUCGUAUUUUUGGUGACUAUACAACUUGUGAACAUAACGGGUUAUGCUGGCUUAUAAAGCCAUGUUGAAUCUGUAGAAUCAGCUGAACGUCAAUUAAGUAUAAAGAAAAGCUAAUUGAUUGAACGAAUAUACUUUUAUGUUCCCACUGAUGCCACAAUAUUGAACUAGUCUAGCCGUCUGAAAACUAAUUAUUAACAAGAUCAUCUUUGAGUUCUAGAAUUCGUUGGUCAAGAACCAUAAAGUAUUAGAAGGCUUUUGCACAUGAUGAUGAUGACAUAGGUAUGUGAUCAAGAAGAUGAUAAAAGUGGGAACAUUGACUUGUACCAUUCAAACCCGAUGACUAAAUACAUAUCUGGGAGCAAAAUGAAGGCAAAGGCCGGCUGACUAAUUGUUUAAUUUAAUUUAACUUAACUUGUUCAAAAAGGACAACAGGCUAGUGGUUAUUAUUAUUAUUAUUGUUUUUAUUUUUGACCCUUGAAUAGAAAGCAAAUAUCUGUGGAAUAACGUGUUUAAUGUAUAUUUGAGCUUCUUGUAAUCAAAUGAUUUAUGACUGGUAUAUUAAGUUGUGAUCAUUUUGGACUAAGAUCCGGUAAAGUGCAGCAAUAUGGACAAUUAGGUAUCAAAUAGCCGAUCCAACUUGCAUAGAGUAAUGUAUAUUCGAACUUCUUGUAAUCGAAUGAUUUAUGACUGGUAUAUUAAUUUUUGAUCAUUUUGGACUAACAUCCGGUUAAGUGCAGCAAUAUGGACAAUGAGGAUUCAAAUAGCCGAUCCAACUUGCAUAGAAUUGAGCAUAGUAGGAGUUGUAGCUGUUUAUAUUAAGUUGUGAUCAAGUUAGAGUCUGCUAUCUCAGCUUGCUUUCGUAAAAUAAUUCCUUGUGGCCUCUAGUGAUUUCAAUUUUCAGGAUAAAAUAUUUCUUCCUCGAUUUAUUAUGGACGUCACCUUUAUAAGCAGUUGCAUCUUAGUUUUUUGCAAGACUGUAUAAAACAGAAAUUACACACUAGACCCACUCAUCAACCAAGGUCAACAGUUGAUGAUACAAUACAUUCUGUUUUAGAGAAUGACAUGAAUCACCAUUUUGAAACUUCCCUCAUAUGCUAAUUGUUUAAUAGUUAAAUGUGGAAGGCUGCAAUGGUUGUUAGAUGAAAAUGUCAUUUAAAUAGAAUAUUGCAUCAUUUCAUAAGUGGUCUGCAUCAAUGUGGUGGCUUCAUAUUGUCAAUGACAUAUGAUGUUUGACUUCACAUUGAAGGAUAUUUUAUGUUUUCACUUGAGUUACAGUGCCCAUAAGGGCAUGUACCUCAACUUUCUCAGCUGCCAUUGGAUGACUCUGAGCAAACAGCUUACCAUGGGUGAUUUUCCGCUUAUCUUUUUCAUAAGUUUCAUCAUUUUAGCUUCAAAGGUCUAUGCCCAACAAAAUUAUUCAGGCAAUACUGUCAUGAGUUGUGAAGGAACUAAUGAAACAGGAACAACUUCUGCUUCUUUUCUCUAUUCUUGCAAUGGUGAAAAAUUCUCCUGUCUAUCAUUCCUGAUUUUUAGAUCACAAUCUCCUUAUAAUUCUGUUUCUUCCAUCUCAAAACUCCUAUCUUCGGAUCCUGAUGAGAUAGUCCACAUCAACAAUAUCUCAAGGUCUAAAAUAUUGGAUCAGAACCAAGAAGUUAUAGUUCCAGUAAAUUGUUCAUGUUCAGGUCAGUACUAUCAAGCUGACACUUUUUAUGUUAUACCAAGCAAAUAUGAUACUUAUUUUCUCAUCGCAACCAGCACGUAUCAGGGGUUAUCUACUUGCAGUGCUCUUGUACAUGAAAAUGUCUACAAUGCACUGGAUCUGUUUCCGGGUCUAAAUUUGCGGGUACCACUCAGAUGUGCCUGUCCUACAAGGGAUCAGUCAAGAAAUGGUGUGAAAUAUCUGGUGACUCAUUUGGUUACUUGGGGGGACAACGUUUCUAGCAUUAGCACAGAGUUUAGUGUCAGUAGUCAAAGUACCGCAUAUGCAAAUGGAUUAUCUGAAAAUUCAGUUCUUUAUCCUUUCACAACAAUACUGAUUCCUCUGCCAAAAGAACCUUCAAGCUCCCAAACAAGGACUAUUAAGAGAGAGCACACAGAAAUAUUGUACCCUUCUAGGCACAAAAUAUCAUACAGCAGUCUUUUCAUUGGGGUAGGAACUGGUGUUUCCCUUGCAGUCCUCUGUUUUAUCUUGUUCAUUGUCUUAAAACAUAAAAAGGAAAACAAAAGAGGUGAAGUACUUGGGAACCGAAGACAAGGGAAACAAAAAAGGAAUUUACCAGAACAUGUCCUGGAAAGUAUAGUUGGUGAAGAUCAAAUGAUUAAAGUCUAUGAAUUUGAAGAACUGGUGGCUGCAACUGAAAACUUCAGCUCGCGAAAAAGAUUAGGUAAUUGUGUUUACAAAGGGGUCCUUCGAGGAAAACUGAUGGCCAUCAAGGAGAUGCGGACAGACAUAUCAAAGGAGGUUAAAUUCCUUGCAAAGAUCAACCAUUUCAAUUUAAUUAGCCUCACUGGUGUCUGUAAGCAUCAUCAACUAUCCUAUCUUGUUUUUGAGUUCAUGGAAAAUGGAUCUUUAAAAGAAUGGCUUUUCAAGGAUGAUAACGCCGAGGCUCAGAGCUGGAAUUCCAGAAUUUGUAUUGCCUUAGAUAUCGCGGAUGGUCUAGAUUAUAUUCAUAACUUCGCAGCUCCAGCCUAUGUGCACAAUAACAUUAGUAGUAACAGUAUCUUACUGAACAGACAUCUAAGGGCCAAGAUUUCAAAUUUUAGCCUGGCGCGGUCAGCUAACAAUGAAGGAAAGGAAAGUUCAUCUAUGAAAUUCUUCGAGGGAAACAAUGGCUACUUGGCACCAGAGUACAUUGAAACUAGCCAGGUUACUCCCAAGAUAGAUAUCUAUGCAUUUGGGAUCGUUUUGUUGGAGAUAAUGACAGGAAAAGGGGCUGUUUUUGAGCAGGAUGGAAAAGAAGUACUCUUGUCAGAGACGGUGCUUGAAAGUAUGGAUAAAGAAUCUAAAAUUCAAGAACUCACAGAUCCAAGGCUACAAGUUAAGCACCCUCUUGGUUACAUAAUUCAACAAACUGAUCUCGUUCUUCGAUUGGUGAAAUUAUGUGCAGCAUGCUUGACAAUGGAACCUGAAAGAAGACCAAGUGCAACUGAAGUAAUAUAUACCUUAAUCAAUAUCCAGUCAGAUGUACAAACCUAGAAACCUUACGUACAAAAUGAAUAAGUGCUGAUAUGUUAUGUUCAGACAGGUUCCAACAGUGAACUUUUGUUUCUUAAAUGUAAAGUUGAGACUUUA